AUGGAGCUUGUUCCAGUGUUACUUCUCGCCCUAGCCUGCGUGCAGCCUGCAACGGUGCUUGGUCAACUACGCAUAUACGAAGCCGAAGAUGCAUCGAGAAUGGACUUCCCGUUCAUGGCGAUCGUCACACAUUCACGUGACGUUGUCGGCAACGGGGUCAUCGUCGCAACCAAGUGGGUUCUUACCACUAGCAACGUGUUGUAUCAGUUUCCGGAGUCGACUUUCUGUGCCGUCAUCGGUGGCGACACCUUGAGUUCCAGCAGUUGGUAUGACACGGUACGAGUCUGGAAGCAUCCCGAGUGGGAUGGAUCGACCUACAAUAUCGGAUUGAUGCAGCUGAGUCGCACCAUCAAGUACACGGCCGUGGUGCAGCCCAUCGGUAUCGCCUCCGUGAAUCCGCAGGGCCUGGCGGGUACGAUGAUCUCGUUCGGUGAAAACAACUCCGGCUCGACGAGAAUGAAAAAGGCGCAGGUCGUCCUAAGCUCCGAUGAUGCGUGUGCGAAUAUUAUCAGUACAUAUGUUAACCAGAAUAUCAUUCGCUCGGGACAUGGAUACUGCCUUGCUGUGCCUAAUGGCAAGGAGUACCGAUUUGAAUCGGACGACAAUGGCGGUGCGAUCGUAGUUGAUAACCUUUUAUACGCUCUAUUUGACAUUACAAACGAAAAAGAUUUAAUGGCAACAAGAGUUACCGAGCCGGAGAUGAGAAGUUGGGUUGAUCAAAUGACGAGCUAG